AUAAAGCGGCCUCCCCAGGGACACCGCCGACAGUCCGAAUUCGCGUAUUUCUGCGUAUUGAUAUACCCCCGAUUCGAGCUAUCGAUCGAUCUCGGCGAGAUCGAGACACGGAGGAAAUCCCCGAGAUCCCCAAAAAUUUGGCGCGAAUUUGUGGAAAAAAUUGCAAUUUUAUUAAAAAAAAAAAAAAAAAACAAUUUUACAAUUCAGUGCCGAACUGCUUCGUUGAUUCGUGAUAUUCCCAAUUUGCGGGAAUACCGACGACGAAUGAGACUGUGAAGACGUGUAAUAUGGCGAAUCAUCAUCCCGCGUACGAUUUUGAGGAUAAGAGCCAGAGGAUCCGCCAUCGCGUCGGCACCACCUCGAGAAUCGCAGAUUCCACUGUGCCAUGCACCAGUACUCAAUAUUUCGUGGGACCCAGUAAUGAUAUUACUGAAGAAGAUUUGGCCGAAUUACCUUCCUGUGUUUAUGCAGGAAGAUCCACGCAGCAUGUCACCCACACGUCACCACAUACACAUUCUCCCUUGCACUACCAUAUGCCAGUUUCAACGCCAGAUCAUAAUGACACGGAAAUGAAUGGUGUAGAGGAAGGUUAUUAUCCAAAUGGUAGCCCUUACAGAAUUCAACGACAUGCCGCUAAUAUUCGUGAAAGAAAACGCAUGCUCAGCAGCAUCAACUCGGCUUUCGACGAGCUCCGGGUCCAUGUGCCGACGUUUCCUUACGAAAAGAGAUUGUCGAAAAUCGAUACCUUACGCUUGGCUAUUGCAUACAUCGCACUUCUGCGCGAGGUCUUAGCGGCCAGACUCGAUCCUUUGACGUAUGUCGAGAGGUGCCUUAGGGGUGAGAUGAACGGCGAACGCGCCGAAUGGAACACAAGCGAUCUGACAGCACGCUUGUCUUGGAUAAAUUGGGAGAAUCUAGGAGUGAAUCCAAAUCGGCGAUCGGUGCUUACAACUCUUGCGCUGACAACCGAUAACAUGAAUUGAAUAUUCAACCAAAGACCUUUUCGUAAAAAAUCGCACGGCAAUUCCUCUUUUCUUUGUAAAUACAUUCGAGUUAAGAUAUAGAGAGAGGGACGGAGAAAGAGACAAAGUGUCAAAAACUCUUCUGCGAUUUCGUUUAAAUUUCACGUGCAAUACAAAAGAGACGAGUAUUGUAUUCAGUAUCUAUACAUGUGUAAAAGAACUAGUUAGUACAAUUUAUAGCAUUUGCUUUGGAAUAAAAUCGAUGCUAUUCGCGA